CUAGUUUCGGAAAUAAAAUAACAUUAUCAAAAAUAGGCGUGAUAAUACAAUCGGUGACAUACUUUAGUUUUAGUGUCGUUGGCCAAGAAAGGCAUUAUAGGUAUUUGUUCCGUUUGUGUGCUUUUUUUAAAUUUUCUAAAAUGGCCGGUAAGGGUGACGGUGAGGGAGAAGGAAAUAUUCUUAGACUUGAAAACCAGAUUGCGGUACUUAAAUAUGUACUUUUGUUUACCAACGUAUUGGAAUGGAUUCUUGGAGCUGCAGUGUUUGUACUUUGCCUAUGGCUAAGGUUUGAAUCUGGGAUUAAUGAGUGGCUAACCAUCCUAAAUGCAUUAAACUUUUAUAUUGGAGUCUACAUACUUAUGAUCAUAGCUGCCAUUAUUAUGGUCGUAGCUGUCUUGGGCUGCAUGAGCGCACUUCAAGAAAAUUCCGUGGUACUUUUCGCGUAUAUUGGAGCAGAAGCGUUCUCAUUUAUCCUUCUCCUGGCCGGGUCCGCCGUCCUCCUAGACAACAGCGUCAGGGACUCCCAUUUCCAACCAAGGGUGCGUGAGAGUAUGCGACAACUGAUUAUGAAUGCACAGUACGAACCCGCCCGAAAUACCCUGGCCAUGAUUCAGGAAGGUAUUGCUUGCUGUGGAGCUGACGGUCCAGAUGACUACCUAACUUUACAACAACCGAUUCCGACCGAGUGCAGAGACACAGUCACCGGAAACCCAUUUUUCCAUGGUUGCGUUGACGAACUUACCUGGUUUUUUGAAGCCAAAUGUGCUUGGAUUGCUGCUCUAGCCAUGCUAAUGGCAUUUAUUAGCGUGAUGAACGCAGUCGUUUCGAUAAUCCUUAUUCAAGCAUUAAAGAAGGAAGAAGAAGAAGCAGACACCUAUCGCAAAUAGAAAUGUAAUAUUUUAAUUUCUGUUUUAAAUUUUAGCUUAAUGCAGUGAAAGAAAGUUACGAGGAUCUUUUCUAAUCUAUUAAUACUAAAUGUACAAGAGUGAUCGGAUUCAAUUAAUUUACCCUUAAUAAUAUGGGUUUAUGAUAAAUAAAGUUAAAUAAAUCUAAAUAUUUGUUUUUCAGAAUAAUUUUUUUUAUUUGGCGUUUAGAACAAUUUUUUUUUAACCUAAGGAAAUUUGAUCAUAUUUUUCAUUAAUUUUAAUAUUACCUUUAUAAUUUUAGCUGUUCUUGUUAGUAUUUACAAUAUAAGAUUUAUAAGUAUACAA